AACGAGCUUACAGUACUCCUAAAGAAACUGCCGAGAUGGGAGGAGGCACUAAGAGAGUUGCUCUAUUAUCCUUACUUUGUCUUCAUGUUCUUGUAGCGAGUGUGGUUGCUAGGAAUGUAGUGAGUGUGGAGAAGAAUGAGGAAGAAGAGAAGUUUUUAACUGUUGGAAAGGGAGGAGGGUUUGGAGGUGGGUUUGGUGGGGGAGGUGGAGGUGGAGGUGGAGGUGGAGGUGGAGGUGGAUUCGGAGGUGGAUCUGGUGGUGGUGUUGGCGGAGGUGCUGGCGGUGGAUAUGGUGGUGGUGCUGGCGGGGGUGCUGGUGGCGGUGCUGGUGGAGGCUUAGGCGGUGGGCAUGGGAUUGGUGGUGGUGCUGGUGGAGGGUUUGGCAAGGGUGGUGGUAUUGGUGGUGGGAUUGGUAAAGGUGGAGGAGCUGGUGGAGGCUUUGGUGGCGGGCAUGGGAUUGGUGGUGGUGCUGGUGGAGGGUUUGGCAAGGGUGGUGGCAUUGGUGGCGGGAUUGGCAAAGGUGGUGGCGGUGGUGGAGGCUUAGGUGGUGGCCAUGGGAUUGGUGGUGGUGCUGGUGGAGGGUUUGGCAAGGGUGGUGGCAUUGGUGGCGGAAUUGGUAAAGGUGGUGGCGGUGGUGGAGGCUUAGGUGGUGGCCAUGGGAUUGGUGGUGGUGCCGGUGGAGGGUUUGGCAAGGGUGGUGGCAUUGGUGGCGGGAUUGGUAAAGGCGGUGGCGGUGGUGGAGGCUUAGGUGGUGGCCAUGGGAUUGGUGGUGGGCAUGGAAUUGGUGGUGGUGGAGGAUUUGGCAAAGGUGGCGGCAUUGGCAAGGGUGGUGGACUUGGUGGUGGUCAUGGAAACGAAGGUGGAUUUGGUGGUGGUCAUAGUGGAGGGUUUGGAAAAGGUGGUGGAGUUGGAGGUGGUGCUGGAGGAGGAUUCGGAAAAGGUGGUGGAAUUGGAGGUGGUGGCGGAAAAGGUUUUGGAGGGGGUGCUGGUGGAGGCAUUGGGAAGGGCGGUGGUGUCGGAGGUGGUAUUGGUAAAGGAGGUGGGGGAGGCUUUGGUGGAGGAAUUGGAAAAGGUGGUGGCAUUGGAGGUGGGAUUGGCAAAGGUGGUGGAUUUGGUGGUGGCGUUGGAGGUGGAUCAGGUGGUGGAGUUGGUGGGGGAUACGGCUCAGGAGGUGGUGCUGGGGGAGGGGUAGGAGGAGGCUCCGGAGGUGGUUUUGGAGGUGGAUAUGGUGGAGGAGGUGGAUUUGGCGGUGGUGGUGGCUUUGGCGGGGGAGGUGGUGGUGGUAUUGGACACCACUAAGCUUCACGUUGCAUGGGGUCGAUAUCGUACUAAAAUGGAAAUGUAUCUUAUCAAUUAAUGUAAUGUAUUUCUAUCAUUAUUAAGUGUUUUUGUGGAAGAUUUUGUUGUUAUAUAUGUUAGUUUCAGUAAUCUAUUACCGGUGAUGAUAAGUCGGAUGAGUUAUUUUUUUUUUU